UACAACAAUACAAAAACAAUACAAAAACAGCAGCAAGACAAAGAUAAUAAUAAAAAAUAAUUAUACACAUACGUACAUACACACACACACACAUACAUAGUGGUCAAUGUUGGGGUGUUCCUCCUAAAGUCAACAAUCAUUUCCACCGUUUUGAGCAUGUUCAGCUCAAGGUUGUUUUGACUGCACCAGACAGCCAGCUGUUCAACCUCCCUUCUGUAUGCAGACUCGUCGUCAUCUCGGAUGAGGCCGAUGACAGUGGUGUCCUCUGCAAACUUCAGGAGCUUGACAGAGGGGUCCUUGGCGAUGCAGUCAUUGGUGUAGAGGGAGAAGAGUAGUGGGGAGAGCACACAUCCCUGGGGGGCACCAGUGCUAAUUGUACAGGUGCUGGAAGUGAAUUUCCCCUGUCUCACAAGCUGCUGCCUGUCCGUCAGAAAGCUGGUAAUCCACUGACAGAUAGACAUGGGAACAGAGGGAAUAAUGAUUGAGUGAUUGAAGCAGCAUGGGACUUCACACUGCUCCAGUGAUCUAUUGAAGAUCUGUGUGAAGAUGGGGGCCAGCUGGUUAGCACAGGAUCGAAGACACGCUGGUUCUUCAUCAGGAUGUUGCAGUGAUUGUGGAGAGGUCUGAUUGUGACGAUGGGGAUUUUUGGGAACCUGGCCUGUUCGGGUCAGGCCAACUGUUACAGCAACACUUCCAAAGACUACUGCUACUCGGCCCGGAUCCGCAGUACCGUGCUGCAGGGUCUGCCGUUCGGAGGAGUUCCCACGGUCCUUGCACUUGACUUUAUGUGCUUCCUGGUUCUUCUAUUUGUCUUCUCCAUCUUGCGGAAAGUGGCGUGGGACUACGGCCGUCUAGCACUGGUGACCGAUGCAGACAGACAGAAGAGAAGAUUCAGCGGUCUGGAGGAGAGGGAGUAUGUGGCUUCAGCUCUACAUUCUGAAACACCAGACCACUAUGAGCGUCUCACCUCCGUCUCAAGCUCGGUGGAUUUCGAACAGCGAGAUAACGGCUUCUGUUCCUGGUUAACUGCUAUAUUCAGAAUAAAAGAUGAGGAGAUCAGGGAGAAAUGCGGUGAAGACGCCGUUCACUAUCUCUCAUUCCAGCGCCACAUCAUAGGCCUGCUGGUGGUAGUGGGUGUGCUGUCGGUGGGCAUUGUUCUGCCUGUCAACUUCUCGGGUGACCUGCUUGAAAACAAUGCAUACAGCUUUGGACGCACAACAAUCGCAAACCUGAAUUCUGGGAAUAACCUCUUGUGGCUGCACACGUCAUUUGCCUUCAUGUACCUGCUCCUCACCGUCUACAGCAUGCGACGCCACACGUCCAAGAUGCACUACAAAGAAGAUGAUCUGGUAAAACGCACUUUGUUUAUCAAUGGCAUUUCUAAGUAUGCAGAAGAGAGCCAUAUAAAACAGCACUUUGAGCAGGCUUACGAGAACUGCAUUGUAUUGGAGGCGCGUGUUUGUUACAAUGUGGCCAAACUAAUGGCGCUCAACGCAGAGAGGAAAAAGACUGAACGCAGCAUGAAGUUUUUCACGGAUCUAAUGGCUAAAGAACACAUGCCCACCAUGAUCAACCCAAAGCCCUGCGGUCACCUGUGCUGCUGUGCCAUUACAGGAUGUGAAGAGGAGGAGGCUGUGAGUUAUUACACUAAACUGGAGGCCAAACUGAAAGAGGAAUACAGAAAGGAAAAAGAGAAAGUGAACACUAAACCGCUGGGCAUGGCAUUCGUCACCUUUCAGAAUGAAGCCAUGACUGCAAUCAUACUGAAGGAUUUUAACGCGUGUCAGUGUCAGGGAUGUAACUGUCGUCAGGAGCCACGUUCAUCUCAGUUCAGUGAUAGUCUUCACAUCUAUAACUGGAGCGUCAGCUAUGCACCAGACCCCCAAAACGUGCGCUGGGAGCAUCUGUCUUUGGGAGGAGUUUCCUGGUGGCUUCGCUGCUUCAUCAUUAACUGCAUCCUCUUCAUCCUGCUCUUCUUCCUCACCACCCCAGCCAUCAUCAUCUCCACCAUGGACAAGUUCAACGUCACUAAACCAGUGGAGUACCUUAACAACCCCAUAGUCACCCAGUUUUUCCCCACUCUGCUGCUGUGGGCAUUUUCUGCCCUGUUGCCCACCAUCGUCUACUAUUCUGCCUUUUUUGAAGCCCACUGGACCAGGUCGGGGGAGAACCGGACCACCAUGCACAAGUGUUACACGUUCCUCAUCUUCAUGGUGCUCUUGCUUCCCUCUUUGGGCCUCAGCAGUCUGGAUGUGUUCUUCCGAUGGCUGUUCGACAAGAAAUUCCUGGCCGAUGCCACAGUCAGAUUUGAGUGUGUCUUCCUUCCUGAUAAUGGAGCAUUUUUUGUGAAUUACGUCAUUGCGUCUGCAUUCAUCGGAAACGCAAUGGACCUGCUGCGGAUUCCAGGUCUCCUCAUGUACAUGAUCCGACUGUGUCUGGCACGCUCGGCCGCAGAGAGACGCAACGUGAAGCGGCAUCAAGCUUUUGAGUUUCAAUUCGGAGCUGCCUACGCCUGGAUGAUGUGCGUUUUCACUGUCGUUAUGACGUACAGCAUCACCUGCCCAAUCAUUGUUCCAUUUGGACUGAUGUACAUGCUAUUGAAACACCUAGUAGACAGGUACAACAUGUACUACGCUUACCUGCCCUCAAAACUGGACAAGAAGAUCCACUCUGGAGCUGUCAAUCAAGUGGUAGCCGCACCCAUCCUGUGCCUGUUCUGGCUCCUGUUCUUCUCAACUGUGCGCACAGGUUUUUUGACUCCAACGUCCAUGUUUACGUUUGUGGUGCUCAUCAUUACCAUCGUGGUCUGCCUGUCGCACGUCUGUUUCGGCCACUUUAAGUACCUCAGCGCGCACAACUACAAGAUCGACACUAAAGACACAGAAGUCGAUGGAGUGGAGAAUGGACGUCCUGCAAGAACUUCACCCUCCAACAAAUCUCAGCAGAUGUACAUCGCCCAGGUCCUGCAAGACCCACUCUCCGAUGAGACGGGCGCAGGCAACAGAGAGGACGAUGGUCAGGGGUCCUCGCAGGACGAGGAGAUGAUCAACGCGGGGAAUAACCUGAAUGAGGCCGACUUCCAGUCCGGAGAGGACAGUCUCAUUGCCAACGAGGUCCACCAAUAACUGGAGGACUGAGGCACGCACGAGAGAGAGGGGGUGAUGCCAGAAUACAAGAACCAGUUCCAAGGUCUUCAUCUGCACAUGUUUGUUUUUUCCCUGUUAAACGCUGUGAACUAAAUCUGCAGGAUGUUUGUUGGCUCAGAAUAUCAGCACCUUAUAAACCCAUGUCUGCCAAAACACACCAACUGUACAUAAGCACAGGUGCCCACAUCUAAACAUGCCGACAUGUACUUUGUACACGUUGAAACACCAUGUGCAUGACCACGCUUGAUCUCAUGCAACCUUUCCUGCAAGCACAAAGGUUGGUGAAGUUUGGAAGGACUUUUUGGAUUUUUCAAAACCUCAUAAAAAAUUAGAAAAAACAUUUAUUUGAACUCUGACACAUUGGAAUGGCACAACCUCGUCAAUAUCCGUCCAUGUCGUCUACGCAAAACUCCUGAAACGAAGUCUGAUUCCCAUUGGAAAAGUUGGAGACAAUUCCAGAUUUCCCAUUUUGUACAAGUCAAUGUAUGUUUGCUAAAAAACUGCCUGAACUCUGAUUGGAACCUUGGUGUGAAUCCGGCAUGCCGCAAACAUGUCAAUGUUAGCGACGCAAAAUCCUGGAACAAAGUCUGAUUCUCAUUGGAAAAGUUGGAGAACAUUCCCGGGAUUUCCCAUUUCAUACAAGCCAAUGAAUAUAAAAAAAAAAAAAAAACAACCUGACGCAAGUUUGAUUGGAACCUAGGUGCAAAUCCGACAUGACACAACCUUGUCAAUUCCAUCUAUGCAAAACUCCUGGAUCAAAGUCUCUUUCCCAUUGGAAAAGCUGGAGACCAUUCUGGAGUUCCCAUUUCAUACAAAGUCAAUGAAUAUUUACUGAAAAUUUGCCAUAAAGGAUUGGAACCUAGGCGUAAAUCUGGCAUGCCGCAACGUUGUCAGUGACAAAACUCCUGGAACAAGUCCUGACUCCUGAUGGACAAAAUGGAUAGCAAUCCGGGAUUUCAGAUUUUGUGCAAGUCAAAGAUUAUGCUAAAAUAUGCCGUAACUCUGAUUGGAACCUUGCCGUAAUUCAGACAUGGCACAACCUUGUCAAUGUGAGCCAUGCAAAACUCUUGGAACAAAGUCGGAUUCUCAUUUGAGAACAUUAUGGAAUUUCUUAUUUUGUAAAUGUCUAUUAAUGUUUUCUAAAAAUUUGUCGCAACUCUGAUUGGAACCUUACCGAAAAAUCCGUCUGUCGUUUAUGCCUGAAACAUAAGUCUGAUUCUGAUUAGAAAAGUUGGAGAACAUGGAAGGAUUGUACAUUUUGAACAUGCAAAUUAUUAUUUCCAAAACAUUUGUCACAGAUCUGAUUGGAACCAUGCCAUAAAAUCCGUCCAUGUCGUGUACGCAAAACUGCUUGAACAAAGUCUGAUUCCUGUUGGAAAAGUUGGAGAACAUUCUAAGAUAUCCCCUUUCAUGCAAAUCAAUGACUAUUUACAAAAAAUUGCCAUAACUCUUAUUAGAACUUUAACAUUAAUAUGGCAUGCUGCAACGUUGUCAGUGACUUCUUCGCAAAACUCUUGAAACAAGUCUUGACUCCCGAUGAAAAAUAUGGAAAGCACUCCAGGACUUCCCAUUUUGUGCAAUUCAAUGACUGUUUGCUAAUAAUUUGCUCUGAUUGGAACUUUGACAAAUUCAUCAUGGCAUAACCUCGUCAAUGAUAUCUACGCAAAACUCCCGACACAAGUUGGACACCAUUCGGUGAUUUCCCAUAUUCCCGUAAAUAUUUUAUUGAGUUUGUCUCAGAUGCCUAGAAGCCUUAGAAGAAAAAAAAAAAAACUGAUGGAAAUCUCUGAAAAAUAGCAAGGAAGGCUUCGCGUACAAUAAAAGUUUGACCACCGCAUUCUUUCUUGGUACGAAAGCUCCAAGCAUCCCACUGUUCGCCUUAUCAGCGAUAGUUUUCCUAGUCGAUAAUGCUGCAGAACUGGCUUUGUUUGCAUGCUUGCUUUUCAUUAUUCUUUGCCCAAAUGAAUGGUUUUCAUAUAAAUCUGGCAUUCCAAAGGAAAUGUGCAAUAGUGGCAUCCGUAGAGAAAAUAACAAUGCCAGACGCAUUCAAUGUCCUGAAGUAUCUUCAUUUUAGAAUUUGUCUCGAAAUCGCAAACUUGUUGGCUUUGCCAUGUUAGACUUCCCAAACUGCUUUCACUGUACAGUAUUCUGCCAGAACACUAAUCAUACUGAAAGAAAGAGACUACAUACUAACAUUCUAAUCGUUCUGUUGUCGCCAUGGGAACUUUGAUGGAAUUCUCGUGACAACGGAACGUCAGGUGUCCUUGAAUUCUUUAGUUGCUCUCUGAAAUGAACUAAAUAAUGUACAGUAUUUCCAGAGACUCUGGUGUGAAGUUUUUUUUUUGUUGUUGUUCAUUUCUGGAUAAUUCACUGGAUAUAACACCACUGUUUUUUGAUGUCAUUGAGUGAACCAUAUUCUUACAUUUUUGUUCAUGGUAUUCUUACCUUGAUUUACCUUUGCAACCUUAAUGGAUGUGUUUGUAAGCCUGCAAUGGAAUACUAACAUUCUCAUCCUUAUAGCAAGUAGAAUCACUCUCAAUGCAUAACUUGACCUAGCUACUUCUAUUGGGUUACGGACUAGAUAUAGUACCGACGAUUGCGCAGUGGCGGAUUUGAAUGAGAGCUAAUUUGCCACUGCAAACCAAUAAGAUAAAAUACGCAUAGAAAUGGAAUCAAAUUAAACUCCUUGACCUGGCAAACACUGGUUUAGAUAUAGUGUUUUCCUGCACCCCUGUAGUUUUUUUAGAAUAUAUAAUAUAUUUUAGAAGGACACAGAGGAAGUCUUGCAAAAAAUGACAUUUUCAGUGUUCCCUGAUUGAAGUUUUUCGCCUUGUGCCUGCCUGUUUGUUUGUACAAGACUUUGUGGGAGAAAUCAAGAGUAGAAAGUUUAGUAAAUAUUUGGACUAGAAAUAUUAAUUCUCUAUGCCACAAAAGUCUGAGUUUUGCUGUGCAAAUGCAUUUUGUUAGGAAUGGCUGAGCAAUUUUUUCUAAUUAUGUAGUUUGAUCUGGUGAGGUAGAUCAAUAGUAGUAAUGAAAUGAUAACCACUUUGAUUCUAACCCAGAUAAUUGAAGAAAAUGUUUCAAUACAUGUGCAUUUUCAAUGUACAGACAUGUUGUGUAACUAUUUUGAUAUGGUUUCUCAUUUGAAUUUCGUUUAAAGGAAUAGUUCAACCAAUAAAGCAAAUUCUGACAUUAUUUUUUUUUUUAUCAUAACAUCCUAAUGAAUUGAGGGUGAGGAAAUAAUGACAGAAUUUAAAGUUUUUGUCUGAACUAACCCUUAAACUGUACAUUUGUUUAGCAGCCCAAAAUUUUAUUUCACUCUGUGGCCAAAACAUUUAAGUUGUUGUCGAAAUUAACACUCCGGAGAAAAAGUUGUGUCUUUGUUGCCUGAUUUGGGAUCAGACCUGACUCGCCAACCACCCUUCGUAAUUUCUAAAAUAAUCGCGACGAGACGAAUUGAGACGAAAAUGCAACUUUUUCCAAAAUCUGUGCUGACUGCAAGUACAGUAAGGUUUGCACUGAUAAUGAAGGUCUGCUUGAAGUCUUUGUAUGUAUGUUUGUUUGUUUUUGUUUGUUACUGUAUUCUCAAAGUUCCGAACUAAAGAUGUUUGGUAUCUCAUUACAAAAGCUGAUAAAGAAAACGAAUCUUCGGAGGAUGUGUACCCGUUCGCUUCAGGAUCAUGCAAUAUACGAAAAACUGGAUUAAGCAAAUAACAAUGGUACUACUAUCGCACAGUGUGACUGAGAAAAAAAAUCGAACAGCCUCAGGUGUUCUUUAUUUUCCAAUAGAUAAAAAAUGUUUACAUCUGUGUUUUUUUUUGUUUUUUGUUUGUCAUCUCUCCUUUUUACUUGUUUUCUUUCUUCGAAAUUCCAGAAUUCACAUUGAAGAAGACACAAAGGUAACCUAUGAAAGCUGUAGCUACGUUGUUCGUUAGUGUCAUGGCGGUAGCGUUUUGGAAGGUUCGUCACCAUUUGUCUAUGUAGAUUUGCUGUUUUGUAACUUAAAGGAAUAUUCCGGGUUCAAUACAAGUUCAGCUCAAUCGACAGCAUUUGUGGCAUAAUAUUCAUUACCACAAAAAAUAAUUUUUACUUGCCCCUCCUUUUUCUUUAAAAAAACUGAAAAUCUUGGUUACAGAGAGGCAUUUACAAUGGAAGUGAAUGGAAGCCAAUUUUUUUUUUUUUUUUUUUAAAUACUCACUUUUUCAAAAGUAUUGCCACAAGACAUAAAUGGUAUGCAUGCAAACAUGAUUUUAGGGUGACCAAAUCUACUUCCUAACCUUUUCUGUGUAAAGUUAAAGCCAAUAUAACAACUGUGUUGCCAUGAUGAUGUAAUGUCAACAAACCCUAAAACGACAGAAGAAUUAAAGUGCUUUUAUAACAUUUUAAGCUUCACAUAUCUGCCUUUAAACCCUCCAAAAACUGGCCCCUAUUCACUUCCAUUCCAAGUGCCUCACUGUCACCUUGAUUUUUUUAUUUUUUUUAAAGAAAAAGAGGGGAGUUUGAUUUUUAUUUUUUAUUUUGUAAUCAACAUUAUGCCACAAAUGCUGUCAAUUGAGCUUAGCUUGUAUUGAACCUGGAAUAUUCCUUUAAAGGAAUAUUUCACCCAAAAAUUGUAUUCUGUUUCAUCAACUUCAUUAUUCCUCAGUGCGACUUUAUUCCUUCCGUGGAACGCAAAAGGCGAAAUUUAGAAGAAAUACUAUUUUUUGCAGAUUGCAGGUUUACAUAUUUGGAAUGAGAAGAGAUGAGGGCAAUUAAAUGAUGACUGAAUUUUCAUUUUGGGUGAUCUAUUACUUUAAACCAUCUGGAAAUUGUAGCUAGAUGCUGGAGGUACUUGUGUCUUUCCAAAUUUUGGAAUACUUUGAUAACGUUUCUCUACGAUGUGACUGAACGUGAGCACAUUAUAAAGAAAGUUCAACAAGUUCAUCCCUUUUUUUGGGGUUCUCCUCACCGGCUUCUUACUGAGUUAAUGAAGUGAAUGUCACUUCAGUAUUUGGCAGUGAAGUAAAGAGCGGUGAGCGUAUUUUUGUAAAUUGCACAAGCAACUGUUUGGCGAAACAACAAAUGUUGAAGUAUUUGAUACCUAUGUAUUAAAGAUGUGUCAAAGCUAGAUAUAACAAUGCUGUCAUUUGAUGGAUUUUAAUAUGUCAUAAAAUUAUUGUUUUUCUUUUGUUUUAUAACCACUGUUAAGCUAACCUUUUAAGUUUUGAAACGCAGAAUGUCUUUUAGAACGAAAAAGCAUUGAGAAAUUUGCUAUAGAUGACCAUGCAUUUUGCAAAGAAGGAAUUAUGUAUAUUUGACAAACUCUUUAUUACUGGUGUUAUGCAGAUGUACAGUAUGUUUGAGUGGGUGAAAAUGAGACCAACUUCAAAGAAACGUAGUCUUUUUCUUUACUGUAUUCUGCUGACAUAAUGGCUUUAAAAGUGUAAGUAGGAGACUUUUGACUUUUACCGACUGAAUUCAUGCUCUGUAGAACUUGUGUGAUAUUUUCUGUCACUUUUUCAGUCCAAAGGUCGUCCUUAUGGUGAAGCAUUGGUCAUAUUUUCAGUUCCUUGGUCAAUAAAAAAAUGGUAUUCAUUCUGUGUA